UCUGACGGCCCGUUUGAAAUUCAAUUCGUUAAUAAACGGAUCACUUAAAUAAAAACGCAAAUAAUUUACUUUUUAAUAUUAUAAUCGUAAAAAUUCUAAUUACUUUUUAGUUCUUAAUCUUAAUGCGUUGUUAUUUUUUCCAACGAAAAUGUCAACGAGAUCUGGAAAACGAAUUCAUAGUUCGAUAGAAGAGCCUGUUGUAGAAAACAUGUUCCAAUUAAAAAGCGAAAGAAAAACUCGUAGUAAACAACAGAAGACGAGUAAUGUUUUGCCGCUCACUGAGAAAAAAAGAAAACAUUAUGUUAGAUAUCCUUCUGAAGAAGAAAUAACCAGUACUGAUAAUGGAAAUAUUGAGAUUACCGUCAAAAAUACACGCAAAUCUAGAAGACAUACACUCAAAGAGCAAAAUAAGAUUGUUAGUGAUUGUGAGCCAAUAAUUGACGUAAAAGCAGAGCGAUCGACUCGUAGGACCAAAAAAAAUAGUGUAAAAAAUGAUUUAGAUAACGUGGAACUAACAUUAAUAAAAGAAGUCACAGAAGAGAAGAAAAAAGGAAAAAAGAAAAAAGCAGCUAAAGUCACGAAUACAGAAGAAGAUAUCGAAAAUGUACCCGAAGUAGACAUGAAGAUCAAUACUAAAAAUAAAACUAACAAGAAAAAAAAUAAAAAGAAAACAAACUCCCUUAUUGUGACAGAUGUUGCUGAGAAUCUUAAUAAUAAGUUAAAUAAAAGCAAUGCUUCAAUCGAUUCAUUUCACAGUGCUGCUGGCAGCCCGGUUGUUAAUACCAGUCAGAAUUCUUCUAAUAAUAAAAAUUGUGUAAUGAAUGAAUCACUGAAAAACAAAAAAACUAAAAGAAACAUCCAUGAUGAAGAAUCAAUUAUGAAUGUUUCAGUAGAUACACCAAAUAAAAGAAGAAAACUAACUGUGGAAAUGACGUGUAACCAAACCAAUGGUUCAGUAAAAAAUAGUCCUAUCGAGGAACUAUUGAGUGAAUCAGAUAAAUCACGAAGCAGUGCCAUUAAUGAAGUAGAGAGCAUAGAUAAUAAUACAUUUGAUAAAGACAACUCAGUAUCAGCAUUAAACAAAAGCCUUGAUGCAAAUUCCAAAAGAAAAUCAAACAAAAAAACUAGUUGUGACAAAGGUAACGAUAAAAAUACUACAUUUGAAAUUGACAGCACUAUUAACAAACUCUCAUCUACUAAUAAACUUAGCGAUAAAAGACCAUCUCUUAAUAACACAUUUGACGGUAGUUGUAAACGAGACACAUCAAGAACUUCAAUGAUUAAUGGUAAUGGAUUAAAUUUAAAUGCAACCUUUAAUAAGGACAAUUGUAACCAAUCAGAUGCCAGUAAAAUAAAUUAUGGCAUAAAUGACAUAACAAACAGUGGCUCCAAAAAGAAAAGAAAGUCAAGUAUUAAAAAUUCAACAUACGAUAAGAUAGACAAAGUCACACUCAAUGCUACAUUUGACAAGGAUAUCUUAAAAAGCUCUUCAAUAAUAAAUUCUAUAACUAGAGAGUCAAUAUCAUCGAUAGAUUCGUUUGACCAAAACAAAAUUGAAAGUUUGAAUAGUACUUACGAUAAAAACCCCAAAGCCAAAAUGUCCAUAAACUGCUUUAAUGCCACUUUUGAUAAACCAGCUAGCCUCGACUCAACGUUUGAUAAAAGUUUAAAGAAAGAUUCCAUUGACCAAUCUAAAAUGCGGCCCAAAGCAAAGUCGUCUCUAUUAAGUUCUGACACAACAGAUAAUUCUCUAAACAUAACUGAUGACAAUUCCCAUGUAAGCAUAAACAGUGAUGAUUCUAAAUUAGAAAACAUUAUAAACACCACACCAGUGUUAGUAGAGAGUAGUAUGGAUGAGUCAAAAACUGACACACAAGACACAAGUGACAGUCUUAUGGACACCGAAGUUGUAAAUAAUACACCAAGAAGAGAAGCAACUUUUACAGAGGAAAAUAAAACUUCUCCAUGUCAUAAAGCAGACACGAGGACAGAAAUUAAAUCUAAUACACCGUCAAAGAAAAAUGGAAUGGUAUCAAUGUCUCCUAAACAAACAAGCUUAUUAGAAUCUGAAAUUACACCACUCACUGACACUACAACAACACCUAAGAAAAAAGUUUUGACAGAGACUAUAUUAGCUACGACACCGCUGAAGAGAGACGGAACAUUCACAAAAGACAGUCCAGAUGUAAUGCCUCAUAAAUUGAGCAAUGAUAUGACACCAAGACGGAUGUCUCUACCAUCACCAGGCUGCACUCCACAUCCGAGCUCCAAAAGCUCAUUAAAGGAGAAGAGUGUUUUAAAUGUGACUCGGUCAAUCGAAAAGUCAAGAAGAUCCUCAUUAGCUGACGUGGCACCGAGAUUGACCAGGGUGAUGUUCUGCAGCCCUGUCAAUAACCCGGCUGUAGUUACGCAAAUGAAGGGGAAAAUAAUUAAGUCAAAUUUGAAGGGAUCAAACAAAAGCUUCGUAUUCAAUGACAGCGUGUCGGAGUUAACGCGUCCGGCGCGCAAGCGCUCGUACACGCAGACCGAGGCGGAGGCCGAGCGCUCGUCGCCGGCGCGCCCCGCCGAGCGCCCCGCCCGCCCGCGCACCGCCAGCGCCGCAGGUCGGCUGCAAGAGGCGAAGGGCGAGCGGCGCACGAAGCUGCCGAACUUCGCGGCGCUGCACCAGAAGCAGUUCGAGCGCAUGGAGUCGCUGGACGAGUGGCAGCGCCGACGCGGACAGCGCGCGCGGCUGCUGGCCACGCCGCCCGCCGCCGCCCGCGUCGCCGAAACGGAUAAAAAUGUAUCACAAUCCGAUACAUCGACUAAGAAAAUUGAAACGCCGAAAUUAAAGCAACCGAGUACGGUUCCAGGGUUCACUAAGUUCGGCUUCAAAUUGAACCUCGACGUCAAUCCCUUCAGCAUCCCAUCGAAGACAACGGAAGUCAAGCCGAAGGAAAAUAAAGCGGUAGUCCUCAAGAGACAAGCCACGCUGCCCUCCCUCGCCGGAGCCACCGCCCUGCGGAGGGAAAUCGCUAAACAAACCAUUAUGAGGGAAAAAACAUUCGCGGAGAAGAAAAAUGUGCACAGGAACGAAACUAGAACGGUCAUAAAGGGCGUACGGACGAACAGACGGUUCGAAUUGCAGAUGAAAAUGCGAAAUAUUAUCAAUUAAUACUCGUUGUUGAUGCUGUGCUGUUAUUGAUUAAUAAAUAAUGUUUACUGAUGAGCGAUUGAGAGUCGCUCCUUAAAAUUUUUACCAAAUGUUUCAUUAACUCGUUUUGCAAUGUGUCUGGAGGGGAUUUUGUAAUUAACUAACUUCCAGACGAGUUAAAACUUGAAUACAACGUUGGCAAUGCAUGAAGAGAAUAAAAACUCGGUAUAUUAUUAUUUUUUAAUUCUUUAAACACAUGUCGAAAUAUAGAAGAAACUAAAUAAUUAUGGUCACACAGUGGCAUUCAUAUGUUGAGUCGUUAUUGAGAUUAUAAAACAGUUUACAGUGAAACAAAGUUAAAACAAGUCCAUUUUUACUUACGUUUUACAGGAAUACUUGAUGUUCUCACACGAGUAGACUUCGCUUGCAAUCAUUAUGGGUGAUAGAUUCCGUAAGUAUAAAUACGAAACUUAUCCUGGAACUCGUUGGUAAUAUGCGACAUUUUCUUUAAUAAUAAUACCGUUGAAAGGAAACACGCGUCUAAAACCGUGUCGCAUAAGUCAUAUCACGACUGAGACUAGUAAUCUCUUAC